AGAUUAUCCGGAUUUUGCCCACCUCUACGAGACAGACGAGGGCAGGGCGGGUGAGUUGCCUAACACCAGCGACGUACACACACACACUUACUCACUCACUCACUCACUCACUCACGCACGCUCACACACUCACGCACACACAAACACAUGCUCAUAGAACAGCGCUUCUGUGCACGCACACGCUCCUCUGAGCUCGGAUUAUUAUUGUUGAGUUCUACGGACCGAACAUACUUGGAGAUUUCUACAGUUCGGAAAUUACUGCCCAAGAGAACGCAUCGCCCCACCAUGAACCGCCUCAAACCGGGAAAUCCCGCAGGGAGCAGUGGAGGAUUCCCCAGCACCAUUUCCUUAUACGUCACAUCCGUUACCCUUCUAUGGGUUCUGCUCCUCCCGCAAAGAGUGGUGACGUCACAGUACUCCAGCAGUGAUGACGCAGCGGCGUCCAGCAGACUGACGCCAGACUUCAGCGCCUUCUCCCACAUCCAGGAAGACUUUGACGAAAUUCUCCACGCCAAACUCAGCAUUGAUCUCCUCCGCUCCCACCCCUCCUCCCUGCUGGUCACGUGGCGUCUGAGUAACGUGACACAAGCCGAUAGCACGCUCGAGGCUACGGCGCUAUGCGAGACGGGCAACGGGAAGAUCAUCUCUAACAAGUUCACGUCAUCAGUCGACUCGUUCCAGUUCAUGAACCUCAACUCGGACACGGAGUACGUUAUCUGCGUGCACAUGUUGGAGAAAUCUAAGUCAACGAACACAAGCAUCCUUCACUACAACUGUCAGUCGUUCGCCACCAUCCCCGUGAUGAGGCCGGACAGCGUGAUCGGCGUGAUGCUCACACUAGGGUACCUGCUCGCCAUGGGGGCUAUCGGCUACGUGGUGUGGUGGAGGAAAGCCAAGAAGCUGAGGGACAACGAGGAGGAGGAGAGGAGGAGGAUCGAGGAGGAGGAAGGAGAGGAGGGAGAGGAGGGAGAAAGAAACGCGGGGUUUGGGGAGAAAGGGAAGACCUCUGGUCAGAAAUCUGAGUCGCGUAGCUCAAAGGACGGGCCUGAAGGAAGUGAGCAAGGGGAGAGUAGAAAUGGCGCCCACCCCUCGUCGUCUAAGAGCCCCAGCAAGGCUGUGACUGGAUGCUUCACCGGAAGCAAGACUCCCAAAUUUCAGGACAUCGCAGAGGAAGAUCCCAUUCAGCUCAACGUAAAAGACAGAGAGAUUUCUUUUUAAAACUACCAUCACGUUUGACUCAAUUUUA